AUGUCAAAUUUAAAAAAGCACAUUGAAAGAAAACACCCUUUAAUAAAUUUACAACCUUUAGUAGAUAAUGAAUUAAACCAACCCAGUACUUCAAAUAGUGCACAAGCCACUACUCUAGGAUUACAAUCUAUGCCAACUGUAAGUCUACGUCAAGUAAAUCCUUCUACAUUAAUUGUGGAAAAAGAUGUUGACAACCCUUCCUCUGAAACCGUAGUCUUCAAAUCAUAUAAUUAA